AUGUCGAAGGAGCCAGAGACCAAGAGCGUCUCUACCCCUGUGGGAUCCAUCAGCGAUGGGCGUGUGCGGACAAUCGACAUUGAAGAUGAACGCCUGCAAGACAUGGGCUAUGAACAACACAUGAAAAGAGGCUUCAACAUCUGGUCUAUGACUGCUUUCUGCCUCACCGGCCUUGGUCUUCUUCCUAGUCUUGGAGGAACAUUAUGGUACAGCCUAGGCUUCCUGGGCCUGGUAUCCAUGACGUGGGGCUGGUUGACCGCCUGCUUCUUCAUCAUGACUGAGGUCCUGGCCCUGGCCGAGCUGAAUUCUUCAAUGCCUACUGCAGGAGGCUUGACUUAUCGAUGUGCGCCUCCAAAGCUCAAGAGAAUUGCGUGCUGGGUCACUGCAUGGUGUAUGAUUUUGUCGGCCUCUCUCGGCGGAGCGUCCUUCUUCAUGACUCAAGCGGACAUGAUUGAGGCGCUGGUGGUCAUGUUCCACCCGGAUUUCUCGCCAACAGACUGGCAGACAUACUUGUCCCAACGUAGGUGUGCAUUGGUCAUGGUCCUUCCCAGCAAGGUGUUGGGUCGAAUCAGCAAUGUCUUCGUUUGGCUCGGAACUCUGACAUUCUUCGUCAUGCUCAUCGCUUUGCCCAUCUACGCGAAGAACAACGGCCGCACCAACAGUGCCAAGCAGAUCUUCACCUCGUCCUACAACCAGACAGGAUGGUCGAAUAGCGGCCUCGUGUUCCUCUUGUCGUUCCUCGUCCCCUGCUGGUGCAUCAGCGGCUACGACUCGACCGCUCAUCUUGCCGAGGAGACCGAGGAUGCUGCCCGCGUGGUACCUCGCGCCAUGUGGGUUUCGUGCCUCAGCGUCGCGGUGCUGGGAUACAUCUUUAACGUGGUUCUGGCCUACGCCGCAACCGACAUUGACGCCAUCUUCGAGUCGCCCCUCGGACAGCCACUCGGUGCCAUCCUCGAGCUCGCGAUGGGCAACGGAGGCUUCACGAAGCUCCUGUGGAUCUGCACCGUCGUGUCCAACUUUGGGGUCGUUUUCGUGAACAACACGGCGGGGACUCGCAUCUUCUUCGCCUACGCCCGUGACGGCGCCCUGCCGUUCGGCAAGUGGUUGAGCCAUGUCAACACCGUCACCAAGACACCUAUCAACGCCACGAUCGCCCUGUCGACGGUGUUUGCGCUCUUGGGCCUCAUCUCCCUGGGCUCUUCCGAGGCGCUGCAAGCUUUCUUUUCGGGCUCUUCGGUUUCUGGGGCCACGGCGUACCUGAUGCCGGUGUUGAUGAGAUGCAUAUACGAAGACAACCCAGACUACGCGCCAGGCCCGUUCUCGCUGGGCCGGUGGUCGAGACCCGUGAGGUGGAUCGCGGUCGUAUGGACUGUCUUCACAGUUCCCAUCUUCGCGUUUCCGCGGACCCCCAACCCAAACAUUCACACCUUCAACUGGAGCUCCGUCUUCUACUGCGGUCUUCUGGCGCUGGUGGUUCCGUGGUACUUUUUGCGAGCUCGCAAGUGGUUCAGGGGUCCGGUUCCCAAGGGCGCAGAAGGAUCCGAUGUUGCCUUUCACUAG